UAAUGCAGGAAGUUAAUGAUUUGCGCUUAAAAGUAGGAGAAAUGGACAGGGAAAGACUACAGUAUGAGAAAAAACUUAAGUCUACCAAAUCUUUAAUGGCCAAACUUUCUAGCAUGAAAAUCAAAGUGAGCCAGAUGCAGUAUGAAAAGCAACGGAUGGAGCAAAAAUGUCAAAUGUUGAAGGAAGAACUAUUGUCUUUAAAAGAGAAAUUAGAACAGAAGGAAUCGGAGAUAAAACGAUUGCAUGAGAAACUGGUCCUUCAAGUCAAAGAAGACAUUGACAUCAAUGACAAAGAUGACAAUUGUAAAAAGAAGCUGAAAGACAAAAGUGUUGAAGUUCAAAAGAUGAAGAAGGCCGUGGAAUCUCUGCUGGCAGCAAAUGAAGAAAAGGAUCGGAAGAUCGAGGACCUUCGCCAGUCCCUCAAUCGCUACAAGAAGGUGCAGGAUAUGGUCAUUUUGGCUCAAGGGAAGAAAGGCAAGGAUGAUGAAAGCGAGGAAUCUGGGAGUCCAGCAUCGGUCUCCUCAAUUUUGUUAGAACCACAGAAUCUAAGCGAAGCUGACAAAACUCCUUCUUCCACUCUGCUUUCAAGUUCUCCAAACCAUGAAGAGUUGAGGACCACAAAUUCCGAAGAGAAUUUCACCCAGCUCCACACUAGCGUCUUGCAAGUUUCCAUUCCUUCUUUUUCACAACCGUUCAGACAUUCAGAAGAACAGAGCGAAAAAGGAAAUGUCCCAUCCAAGAUGGAAAUUGAAAGUGAAAGCAGCGAAAAACACCUGGCAGUGGUUUCCAUAGAAACCCAACUAAGUGAUACAAAAAUUUCAGCUCUAAAGAAAUCUAGCAGUCUUGGAAACUUGAAGAAAGAUGCCUCAGAGGAUAAAGAGUCCAGAGACAAGCUAGCAGAGAAUAAAUCACCGGUGGAGAAUAGCAAAUAUGUAACCCUUCCUUGCAAGUCUCCGGGUGAAGAAGAGGCUUUCGGAUCACGCAAAGCCAGGUCGUCCUUCGGCCGAGGUUUCUUCAAGAUCAAAAGUAACAAACGGACAGCAAGUGCACCUAACUUGGACCGCAGUCGAAGUGCCAGUGCGCCCAUCUUAGCGGAGACUGAGAAAGAAUCCCCUGAUCACUUAGAUCUGGCUGGCUUCCCUCAUCCAUCCAAAGGUGCAGAAGGUGGACCUCUUACUCCACCUUCUCCUGACUCCAAGAAGAAAGCGAGAGGAAUCAAGAAGUUGUUUGGCAGACUAAUAAGAAGCCAGUCCACCACAUUUAAUCCUGACGACAUGUCGGAAACUGAGUUCAAAAGAGGAGGAACGAGAGCGACGGCUGGUCCAAGGCUUGGCUGGUCGAGGGAUCUUGGGCAAUCUAAUAACGAUCUGGACAUGCCGUUUGCUAAAUGGAGGAAAGAGCAAGUUUGCAGCUGGCUUCAGGAGCAGGGCCUGGGUUUUUACAUCGGCAAUGGAAAACACUGGAUUCUGUCUGGCCAGACUCUCUUGCAAGCAUCCCAGAGUGAUUUAGAGAAGGAACUUGGAAUAAAACAUCCGCUACAUCGAAAAAAACUACAAUUGGCACUUCAAGCUUUGGGGUCGGAAGAAGAAAACAAUUACGGGAAACUGGAUUACAAUUGGGUUACAAGGUGGCUGGAUGACAUUGGGCUGCCCCAGUAUAAGACACAAUUUGAUGACGGGAAGGUGGAUGGCCGAAUGCUUCACUACAUGAUCAUCGAUGACUUGUUGUCUUUGAAAGUUUUGAGUGUCCUCCACCAUCUGAGCAUCAAACGAGCCAUCCAGGUCCUUCGAAUGAACAACUUCGAGCCCAACUGCCUGCGUAGGAGGCCGUCUGAUGAGAAUAACAUCACCCCAUCAGAAGUUUCUCAAUGGACGAAUCAUCGAGUAAUGGAAUGGUUGCGUUCUGUUGAUCUGGCCGAAUAUGCUCCUAAUUUAAGAGGAAGUGGUGUUCACGGUGGUUUAAUGGUUCUGGAACCUCGUUUUAAUGUCGAGACCUUGGCGCAGCUGCUGAACAUCCCACCAAACAAGACGCUGCUGAGACGACACCUGGCCACCCAUUUCAAUUUGCUGGUUGGAAGCAAAGCUCAACAGGAAAAGCGUGAAGCCAUGGAAGCUCCUGAUUACGUCCUUCUCACAGCUACUGCCAAAGUGAAGCCAAAGAAACUCACCUUCAGUAACUUUGGGAAUUUGAGAAAGAAGAAGCAAGAUGACGGAGGAGAAGAAUAUGUGUGCCCCAUGGAUUUGGGUCAGGUGGCAGGAACCGGAUACAAGAAAGGGUUUAAACCAGGUUUAGAUAACAGAGUUUACGACGACGAUGACCUGGACAGAUUGGAACAGAUGGAAGAUUCCGAAGGGACCGUGAGGCAGAUUGGGGCAUUUUCUGAAGGCAUCAACAACUUGACCCACAUGCUGAAGGAGGACGACAUGUUCAGAGAUUUGGCCACUGGUUCUCCCAGUGUCAGUAUCACAGACGAGGACUCGAAUGUGUGACAGGGCCAGCUGGGGGACCUAUUUGGAGCCCUGCUGCUGUGAGAUGGACACUGCACCUCGUGUGAAGUCAUUUGGUUUUGUUUUUUGCUUCUGUUUGCAAGAAUUGAUGGUGGAGAGCGGAGUUGACCGUAAGAAGUCUGUCAUCCAAGUUCUGAUAAAUUGAUGAGACGGGAAGAAAGGAUACCCUAACCCUGUUCCUCCCCCCCCCCCCCGGGGGAGCAAUUUUUGCCAUAAGACUCUGCAGCAUAAUGUUUUGGUGUGUACAAUGUGCCAUAGUGUACCCUUGUAAUUUUCUUUUUACUCCAGUAAUGCAAAAAAAGGGGGAAAUAACCCUCUGCAAACCUCUGAAAUUAGCAUCCAUUGCCAAGAUGACAAAUAUAUUUUUUGUUUUCCUUUUCGAAUCAGCCACGUGUUGAAAAUCUUGUACGGUUUUUUUUAAAUGCAGUUUUUAUGUAAAAGAAAAAACAAAUGUAUUGAGUACAUAAUGGGCCAGACAUUUUUAUACUGUGAUGUGUUUUAAAGCCUAAAAACCCAGCUGGAUUCUGGAGAAGCCAGUUCAUCUUGCAAAAUUGCUCUCUGACAUAGAGAGCGAAACCACUAAAAAUUUCUCUGAACCUGCAGUGUGAAAAUUGUCCUGUUCCCUUUUAUAAAAUAAGAGUUUUUUAAAUAACAUUUUAAAUGGUUAGUGGUUGCAACUGAAAAUCUGGAGACCAAGACAUGCCAAUCCCCCUGGAUUGCAAUUUUUAAAAUCUUUUAAUGACGAGGAAUUGUAGCCAAUCCACGCUAUUUUACAGUAUUAAAUUCAAAUAUGAAAUCUUGCCUUUGAAUGACCGUUUACGAUGUAACCUAUUGAAUGUUUAUACUUUUUUUAAAACAAGAUAAAGCAUGUCUUUUUUUAUGGUGGGUUGUUUUUUUUAAUGAUCAGACUUGUCCAAUUUGGAUUGAAAAUCUUGGCCAGCACCCGCUUCUCUCCCUCUCUUUUCUUGUUCCAAUAUCACUUUCAGAUGUUUUCAUUUUUCAUUUCUUUUUUUUCUCUCUGCCUGGAGGUGCAAAGAUUUGGAAUUUACUGUCUGGAUUAUGGGCUGGUGCUGUAGAGAUAGUGUAAACCUCAACAUUGGAAUUGCUGAUCCAAAGGUUUUUUUUUUUUGCUCAAGUUAGGUUUUUGGCAUGCAGUCAGAAAAAUAGCACCGAUAUUAGCGGUUAUCAGUGGAUCUGUUCAGCGGAACCUCAUCCAUUCAGUUCUUGGGAAUGUAGUAUAUUCUCUUGGAUAAAGACUUCCAACAUUUUAUCUCAUCAAGUCUUGUGUUUCCUGAAAUGUUAAUUUUUCAACGGUAGCUGCCUUUCCUUUUCUGCUUGCGAUGAGCUUUGGUUUCGUUUUGAGAUAGGCUGGAAAUCGAAUUCUUUGCCAAUUGGUGCUAAUCUAAGAAUUUCUGCCACAUGCACAUUUAUUCACAGUUGGAACCAUGAUUAAAACUUCAUGGUGCUGUUGCUCUAGAAAAUAACCGGUUUUUGCCUUUUUAAAGUCUCGAAAAGCUUCCUCCACACGCAGCAAGGACUCCCUUAAUAAUUUUCUAAAUUGAGUCACAGCUGUUUGGUUUCACUGUGUUCAUGAGCUUGUUCGAAGGAAGGGAAGGCAACAUUUGUAAAUAAAGGUAAUUUAUGAAUUGAGGAGGAUCACUUCUUUAGUUAAAAGCAAAGCACUGCCCCUAUCAGCUUGGUAACUUGGUAAAAUUCAUCUAAUACAAAAUUUUAUCUUCUGCUCUCUAAAAACAAAUUUUUGCACUAUUUGGAUAAAAAAAAGGCCCAGAAAAUCAAGCUCAGAUGCAAAAAUCACAUUAAUCCAAAGAAUCAAAUCGCAAUGAAACCAGUUUUUUUAAAAUUGAAAAGCUGUUGUGCAUUAUGAAGAGAAUCAGAUAUAUUAAUUUUUACUUAUGAUGAAUAUGGCUGUCUUUUUUUUUUUCUGGUUAGGAAAAUAGUUCUUUUUAUUACUACGGGUCUGGGGAAAGUAAUAUAAGGCUCUUAAUUAAGCCAAGGGGUUUAUA